AGCAACGCACAGAAGGACCUGCUCAGAGUUGGCAAGGAUGGCGACAGAUGGCAAGGAGGUUCUUCUUAUGGAGGCGCCGCCUGAUUAUACUGCAUCCCCCCGGCUCCCUGGACUCCCUUGCAAGAAGCUCUUGAUUGUUGUGGUUGUGGUGGUAGUGAUCGUUUUAGUUGUUCUGGGCUUUCUUCUGAUGGGCCUGCACAUUACAGAGAAGCACACUGAAACGGUCCUGCAAAUGACCAUUCAAGGUCUGGAUGGAGAAGGCUCUCUGCAACAUCUUUCCAUGACUCAAAAAGAGAGGCUGGCAACAUUCCAUGCCCGGGUGGAUGGCAAUACUUCCGCCACAGUGGUGUAUGACUACAGUAAUCUGCUGAUUGGGUACAGGUCCUGGCCAGGACAGUCCUGCUACAUCACCAAGAUGAACAAGGAGAACAUCCAAAGCCUGGAUGCUAUCGUCAAGGCUUUCCAACAAGUUCAGACCAAGUCUCUUAGCCCACCCCACCAGCAGACUAAGGAGAAGGAAGAGGGAUUCCCUGUCUUACUGACCAAUCGCUCUCUCCUGAGCACCACAAUGAACAUCCUCUGCAGUAGUGUUCCCAUCUACUGGGCUUAGAGAAGAGGUGGGUGACAAGCCAGUCAGACAGAGGAUGUCUUAUUUGUGCUGUGAAGAAUGCGCCUGAGUUUCAGACAAGGAAAUAGAAGACACGAAAUGAAGAAGCUUUGCAUGAAAGCUGACCGUUCCUUUCCUCAUGAUUACUGUAGUGAGCAAUCCUAGGCAGACAUACUCAGCUGUGUGCACUGACCAAUUGCGUUUAUUCCCAGGGAAGUGUUCAUAGGAUGCAGCCAUAAUCAUCCUUCUUCCUAUUUGGUACUCUUUACCUCUUAUAUUUCUUUCUUUCUCGAUUACCAUCAAGAAAAGGAUCAUGUUACUUUUAAAAAAACAUGAAAUCUGAGAUCCUCGGUGUUCAAUUCUGUGCUUACAUGGGCAGCCUACAACAUAUAUACUGGCCUGCUGCAAAGGGAUUAUUAGUACUGCUGACUCUCAAGAUUUAAUCACUGACUCUUGAGAACAAACGAGCUCUGUGACUAUUGUGUUACUAAUUAAUUUGAUAUCUCUGGGAGUUUUCCACAUGCUGAGUAGACCCAAGGGAGAAACCCUUUCAUGUGGUACAGAGAAGCCAGAAAUAACUACUGCAUGUCGUUUGAAGGACCAGACCUAGAACAUUAUUCCAAUCAGCUUCAGGUGUUCGGGGUGGUUGCUUCCUACCCAAUCUUGUGCUAGCAGCAUUUGGGGGCUAUUUGGGACUUGAACUGUACAAUAAAACAAACCAGUUUUCUUGCA